GGAUAUAGUGGAUGGACAUGGAGGAUAUGGGUGUCAGGCAUCCCGAGGCCUUUCAUCAGAGCAGCAGGCAGACCUCCACUGCAGGAGAAGGUGAACUGACACCAUGAGGCUCUCAUCAGCCUGGACAGCAGUCGUUUUCCUUCUCAUACAAGGAGCAUCGAGAGCCUGCACAGUGAAGAAACUGGGCGGCAGCACAGGAAGAUUUGCCAACGCCACACUAGUGCGUCUAUCUGAGUUUCUGAGUGCGGGGUAUAAGAAGGGAGUGAGGCCAGUGAAGGACUGGAGGACGUCCACUAUAGUGGCCAUAGACCUCAUGGUUUACUCCAUCCUCAAUGUGGAUGAGAAGAACCAGGUUUUGACAACAUAUGUGUGGUACAGACAGUCUUGGACAGAUGAAUUCCUGGUCUGGAACCCAGAAGACUUUGAUGAAGUCAAACAAGUUUCUUUACCCACUGCUAAUGUGUGGGUGCCCGACAUCCUCAUCAAUGAGUUCGUAGAUGUGGGGAAGUCUCCAGACAUACCUUACGUCUAUGUGACUCAUGACGGACUGGUGCGUAACUACAAGCCCAUCCAGGUGGUCACAGCCUGCACUCUCAACAUCUACAACUUCCCAUUUGAUGUCCAGAAGUGCAGCCUCACCUUCCAGAGUUGGCUACACACCAUUGACGACAUCAACAUCACCCUGAUGCGAAGCCCCGAGGAGCUCAGGGAGGACAAGAGUGUCUUCAUGAACCAGGGAGAGUGGGAGCUGCUCCAUAUUCUGUCCAACUACAAGAUCUUCAGUGUGGACAAUGACGACUAUUACGCUGAGAUGAAGUUCCAUGUGGUGAUCCGGCGGCGGCCGUUGUUCUACACCGUGAACCUGCUGCUGCCCAGUAUCUUCCUGAUGGUGAUGGACAUCGUGGGUUUCUACCUGCCACCAGACAGCGGAGAGCGGGUUUCCUUCAAGAUCACGCUGCUGCUGGGCUACUCCGUCUUCCUCAUCAUUGUAUCCGACACUCUGCCUGCCACCGCCAUAGGAACCCCGCUGAUAGGUGUGUACUUCGUGGUUUGCAUGGCCCUCCUGGUGAUCAGCCUCACAGAAACCGUGCUGAUUGUGCGUCUGGUGCACAAGCAGGACUUGCAGACCCCCGUCCCCCACUGGGUGAAGUACCUGGUGCUGGAAAGGGCUCCGGUCCUCUUCUGCAUCCACAAGAAGCACCGGCUCUGCUCCAGACUGUCCUCCCAGGCCUCCGACCUGGAGCACUACAAGGACAACAACUAUGGGACCGCCCAGUGCACCCUCCACCACACCUGUGAGAUUGGCCGAAGGCUCAGCCAGCACGACAGAGAAGGCGGGCUGCUCGGACUGGGGCUGCCCCCCUCCAGAGACCCCACCCCGCCCGUCAUGGACAACAUCCUGCAGGAAGUGACAGCGAUACGGCACUUCCUGGAGAAGAGGGAUAGGUGCCGGGAAGUUGCCAAGGAGUGGCUGCAGGUCGGCUACGUGCUGGACGUGCUGCUCUUCAGGGUGUACUUAGUGGCUGUGGUGGCCUACAGCAUCACACUGGGCACGCUGUGGUCAGUGUGGCAGGUCGCCUGAGUCUCGCCCCUGUACUGCUGUGGACACGAAGCUCAGUGGGUAGAGCAUAGAAUUAAAGAGGCCAGAGUUAUUGGCUCUAUGCCCUGUGUAGCUCAGUGGAUACAGGGAGGCUCUGUAAAGGGACAGGGAAAGGCUUCCUGCAGUUGGGGCCUGUGUACAAAAGGUUAAGGGUUCGCCACUGUAUCCCCACAUUAUUAUUAUCAUCAGCAAAAGUUUAGGUUUAAUCAUAAAGUUCCUUGAUAUAACCAACCAAUGCAACCUGCGUUGGUCAAACCUGAGAGGAAAGUGAACAAAUUGUCGUGAUAAAGGUUAAACCUGAAGAUAUCCAGCAUAUAUCCCAGAAUACAGUUGGGACUCAGAGACAGGCUGGUGGGGGCAGGAGGAUAUUUGUUAACUUUUAAUAUUGCUGUGUAAAAACAUCCAUAUAAAUAUGUAAAGUAUUUAGAUGGAUUAAUUAAUCAAAGGAAUUCAUAUUAGUGUGGUAUUAACUGCAUGUACCCUUUGUGCUGAAUGUGGAGUUAUUGUUGAAGAGAUGUCUAUUAUUUGUCUAUUUUGAUGGAACUUUAAAUAAUAAGUCUGUAAGUAAAAUGUUGAAAACUUGUAGAGCUUCAAAUACAAUACAAUGUUUAACUUUAAUGUGCCACAUAUUAUAAAAUCUGUCUAAACUAUAAUGUAGUAAUGUUAAAUAGGACUUUUUUGUAACUCACAGCUUGGAUAACACACGCUUCUGUACACAGUAACAGACGCUAAUCUGUUUUUUACCUUUUAUUUAAAUUGCGUUGCCAUGUGAACAAGAGAUGAUGAUGUUAUUAUUAUACAAUGAAAGAGAAAGAAUUGCCUAUAUAAUCAAUUUUAAUAAAUGUAACAAUGUUUCAUCCUUAAA